CCUCCGCAGAGGUGGCUACUUGAGUGCCUGCGCGGGGUCCUGGCUUGACAUUGAUUCGGACGCCAUGUCGCAGCAGCAGCCUCGAGCCCCUCCGGCCGCCGCCGCCUCUGCCGCCCCCAACCCGGGCGUGAUUGGCUUCCUCCGCCACCAAGUGAAGCAUCGGCCCAGCCUUAUUCCGCUUUUCAUAAUUAUGGGGACUGCAGUGGCCGGUGCCGGACUCUAUUUGAUGCGUCUGGCUUUGUACUGCCCCGAAGUCAGAUGGGAUAAGAAGAAUAACCCGGAGCCAUGGAACAACCUUGAUCCCACUCACCGUUACAAGUUCUUUGCUGUCAACAUGGAUUAUAGCAAGUUGGAAAAAGACCGUCCCGACUUCUAAAACGAGGUGGGUUUUGCAACUGUUCUCGCAGCCGCCAUCCAAUGAAGGUCUUCCGGAAGCUGACCGCACAAUCCCUUUCACCCGUCACAAUCCAGGAAUUAAAAUUUUUGUGUGCAUUGCCUUGAAAAAUAAUGUGUUGGAGACGUGCAUGCUUAAAAUUAAUAAACGAACCACUUGAAAAAUUUAAA